UUUUCGAAAAGGUUGAUUGCCUUUUUUUCGAGAGAGACAGACACAAAUGCAUCUUCGGUCACGCGGAGCCAUAAGCAAAGAAGCGAAAAACUACCGGUGCUCGAGUCACUGUAUGACACGCACGUUUUAAAGACGCACGGCCGUUGAAGCCGCGCAGGAAAAGAGUACGAACGAGCGACGUUCUCCUGCGAAUACAAACCCCCGUAAUUAACGUGUCAAAUAGAAUCACAAAGCACAUAUAAAUAGCGUGAUACCUUCUUCGACUUUCAGACGAGAAGCGUAAAGAAUGAUCAUUAAUUAUUAUUUUAUUUUCAAGGAUUAAAAAAUACAACGUGGCAAAAAUACUAACAUCAUUUCCUUAAACAAAGUCUUAAAUUUGGCAAUUAUUUAAAUUGAAUAAAAUUGUUGUAUUUUAUCCGCUGCUCCGUAUAAAAUAAAAAAUGUGUCCCUGACAGGCUGCGAUGAUUUAAAUGUAAAAAAUAUACAUAAAUAUCUACUUAAACAAUUCUAAACCCACCUACUGUUUUAAGUAAGAUUCAAUAAAACGCUCUAAAUAAAAUCCAAGAAAAAGCCACGCAGCGUCGUAAAGAGCAGUUUUUUCUUCUCUUCGUGUGUGUACUUCCGCUCCUCGAUAUACUACGACUACCUGUACUUUUUACUUGUAUAUAGCACCAGGGAAUGAAUUUGUUUUCGAUAAACUGGGGAGCGGUGACGCAUCGGGUAGCGAUUGGACAUCUAGGGUUCAACUCCUCCCUUAUAAUAAAGAGUGUCUGUGUGUCCCUGUUGUAAAACAGCAACACCGGGCGUCUGCGUCAGGAGUACACCCUUCACUCUGCGCAAUUACGCCGACUCAUAACUGGCACAGUGAUCAGAGAAGAACCAAAAGGCGUUUCAUCGGGCUACUGAACCUCGCGCGGAUGAAAUGGACUUUUAAUCAGACCGACCUGAUAAUUCAGAAGACUCGCUCCGAGCACUUCAAUGCAGUUUAUGCUUCACCAGCUGUGAAUGUUAUGAUAUGACCAUCACGCAUGUGCGCUGAGCACAUCUUUGAGUAGCUGGAGCCUAUUAUAAAUAGAUUUUUUUCUUUUUAAAUAGCUUUCUUUCUUCUCUAAAAUUGGCUCCCGUACAAACAGCCGCGUUGGAUCCCUCGGCUUAUUGCGAGACUCCGGUGUAUAACCCGGAUCUCUGCCCUAAUAUGAUAGCCGCCCAGGCAAAGUUGGUGUAUCACCUCAACAAAUACUACAACGAAAAAUGCCAGUCUCGGAAGGCGGCGAUCUCCAAGACCAUCCGGGAGGUGUGCAAGGUGGUGUCGGAUGUCCUGAAGGAGGUCGAGGUGCAGGAGCCGCGCUUCAUCAGCUCGCUCAGCGAGAUGGAUAAUCGGUUCGAGGGACUGGAGGUCAUUUCGCCGACCGAGUUCGAGGUGGUGCUCUACCUGAAUCAGAUGGGGGUGUUCAACUUCGUGGACGACGGCUCCCUCCCCGGCUGCGCCGUGCUCAAGCUCAGCGACGGCCGCAAGAGGAGCAUGUCCCUCUGGGUCGAAUUCAUCACCGCCUCCGGGUACCUCUCGGCGCGCAAGAUCCGCUCGAGGUUCCAGACGCUGGUGGCGCAGGCAGUGGAUAAGUGCAGCUACAGAGAUGUGGUCAAAAUGGUCGCGGACACGAGCGAGGUGAAGUUGCGCAUAAGAGACAGAUACGUGGUGCAAAUCACGCCGGCGUUCAAGUGCACGGGCAUCUGGCCGCGGAGCGCCGCGCACUGGCCUCUGCCGCACAUCCCGUGGCCGGGGCCGAACCGGGUGGCGGAAGUCAAGGCGGAGGGCUUCAACCUUUUAUCCAAAGAGUGCUACUCCCUGAACGGCAAGCAGAGCUCGGCGGAGAGCGACGCCUGGGUGCUGCAGUUCGCCGAGGCCGAGAACCGGCUGCUGCUGGGCGGAUGCAGGAAGAAGUGCCUGUCGGUCCUCAAGGCGCUGCGCGACCGUCACCUCGAGCUGCCCGGACAGCCCCUGAACAACUACCACAUGAAGACGCUGGUUUCCUACGAGUGCGAGAAGCACCCCAGGGAGUCGGACUGGGACGAGAACUGCCUCGGCGACCGACUCAACGGGAUUCUAUUGCAGCUGAUUUCGUGUUUGCAGUGCAGAAGGUGCCCGCAUUAUUUCCUGCCCAAUUUAGACCUGUUUCAAGGGAAGCCGCACUCCGCUCUCGAGAACGCGGCCAAACAGACUUGGCGACUGGCGAGAGAAAUACUGACCAACCCCAAAAGCUUGGAGAAACUUUGAGGUAAAAACAUGUUAGUUCACCUCGUCUUAAGAUUUUGAAAAUAAACGGACAGAGAGGCGUUGCCGACCGAUUUGCAAAGUCUUGUGGAACGUGACUGUCCUCUGUUGUUGAACGUGUUUGGGUCCAGCCCGUUUCAACUUGAUUUUUUUAUGGCGGCUUAGUUUGUGGACUAUUCCCGUGCACCUUUUGGCGGUGCCAGUGUUUUUAUUUAGGAGCAAAUUCCCGUUAUUGGCCGACGUUAAAGCAGGAGGCCAGUCCAACAGAGGUUCCCUUGUUCCCCGUCACACACAGUUGCCUAAAAUGUCCUAUUUACUUAAAUGCUUUAAAAUAAAGCCCCGUUACAAACCUUUGGAAAGAACGAACAAACUAACUAACACACAUCUGUACAUUUUAUACUGUAAAUACAUUCAUAGAUUGUGAUUCAAGUGGUCUGAAAUUGUGAAUGUUGUUCUGUGACACGUAAAUAGGAUCCACCUGUUUAAAUUACUUCUGAAGUUUUUUCUUUAUCUGGUAGAAACGUUUUUAAUUUAUACUUGCAUCAGUGGUAGUCGGAUUCACCUGUUCAAUGGACUAUUUCUAAUUUUUGAAAGUUUACAUUUUGAUGGUAGGCGUAUUCACCAUUUGUUACAAUGAAAACAUUCCAUCGAGUUACUUGAAAUAUUAUUUAAAGUAUUCGAACAUUUUUGGUUGUUUUUCUCUACCAUGCCUAGGCCUACGUGACAAAAAAUGAAAAUGAAAACAUAUAUAUAGUAUAUAUAUAUAUUACAGUUUAAUUGAAAGAAAUGCACUUGAAAUACACUGGAUUAUAACAUCUGUGAUCUGAUUUUUUAUUAUUUCUGUCUUUGAUCUAAUUUAAAGAGCUAAUAAAACAAAUUGUUUUAUA